CGCUUUCAGAUGAAUUACUUUUGCUCCUGGGGCUUGUGAUUCUGCAGGGGAAAGGUAGAUUAAUGGUUAGAUCUGCAAAAAUACACAUCUGUCGUGCAAUGCGGAAUUUUGCGGUAAAGAGGAAAUAGAUUCUAAGCAUCAUUCUUCUGGAAACGAAGCAACGUGCCGCUAGCCGUCAUGUCCAAACCUCCUAACAAAAAGUUGAACAAACUGAAUUUGACUAUAGCCCCAUCCACUACAGUCCCUGAUCCAGUAUUACCUAACGAUGCUGCCGGCAUCGGCUCGCAAAAAGUGGAGGAGAUACGAAAGAAAUUCGACGAACUGAACUUGGAUUCCUUACAGCGCGAGAGGCUGGAGGCGUUUCUAGCUGAAAAGAGGAAAAUUGGAGAAUUGAACGCAGAGGAUUUUGAGAAAUUGGCUGAAUUAGGCGCAGGAAAUGGUGGCGUCGUUACAAAGGUUUUGCACAAGCCGAGCGGUCUGAUAAUGGCUCGAAAGCUAAUUCACUUGGAAAUCAAACCAGCUAUAAGGAACCAGAUCAUCAGAGAACUCAAGGUUUUACACGAUUGCAACUCCCCCUACAUCGUUGGAUUUUAUGGGGCCUUUUACAGUGAUGGAGAAAUCUCUAUUUGUAUGGAACACAUGGAUGGUGGUUCCCUGGAUCAAAUAUUGAAAAAGGCUGAUCUAGUACCUGAGGAUAUUUUGGGAGUUAUCACAAUUGCUGUUUUAAAAGGCUUAAGCUACCUUAGAGAAAACCACAGUAUUAUACACAGAGAUGUGAAGCCCUCAAAUAUUUUAGUAAACUCCCGUGGUGAAAUCAAGCUCUGUGACUUUGGAGUUAGUGGACAGUUAAUUGACUCAAUGGCAAAUUCUUUUGUUGGCACACGAUCUUACAUGUCGCCUGAAAGACUUCAAGGAGCUAACUACACAGUUCAAUCUGACAUUUGGAGUUUUGGAUUAUCAUUGAUUGAGAUGGCAAUUGGAAGGUAUCCAAUUCCACCACCUGAAGAAAACCAAAAAAGCACAAGUCCAUCACAUCUAAAGAGAAUACCUCCAGGAACAAGGCCACCCAGUGGUGUGAGCAAUGAUGCAAGGCCAAUGGCGAUAUUUGAAUUACUGGACUAUAUUGUGAAUGAGCCUCCUCCCCAGCUACCACCAGAGCAAUUUUCAGAAGAGUUUUGUGAGUUUGUCAACAAAUGUCUUGUUAAGAAUCCUUCAGAAAGAGCUAACCUCAAAGUGUUAAUGGAUCAUGUCUUCAUCAAGAUAUCUGAGUCAAAAAAGGUGGAUUUUGCUGGCUGGGUUUGUUCAGUUGCUGGUCUAUAGCAAGUGACUGGUUGCAAUGCUUACUGAUGAAAAUGAAAUGAAUUGGAGUAUUGGCACAGAACAAGCUUAGUACUCUUAUUUAACUUGCAUCAAGAAAAUGACGGAAUACAUGAAAAGGUCUUAUAUGCAUUGGAAUCUAUUAAUUGUGGUGUGUAUUGGAUUCAGAGCAGCGAAAAACUGCCUUGGUUUGGGAGGGAAUGUAAACAAGUUGCAGCCUCUUGGAGAUGCAAACAAUUAUCAGAGUUCUUCAGGUAUAGAGAUUUCCACUACCCUGUAACUGGACGCCUUUGCAUUGCAACAGUGCUGUUUACCAGGGAGUGCUGAGGAACUAAAUGAAGAUCUCAAAAUCCUAGAUAAGGCAAUGAUAGGAUGGGACCAAGAGGGGUGGAGUUGGGCUAGGUGUUACAUGUCCCCAGUCACCCCAUCCUAUCAGUCAUAACUCUAGUUGCAUGAAAAAUAAGUGGAUUUCUUUCUAAUAAUGUGAUUAUUGUAUAUUAUUAGCUUUUUGGUGUAUGCUGUAAUUUCUUACUUUAGUUUUAUUGAGGUACUAUUCAAGGGUCACAUUUAAAUUGUUAAAAAAAAAGGAUGUAAAAUCCUAAUUGUAACCUCCUCCCUUAAGAGGUAUUCCUUGAUAGGCGUUCUCAUUUGUAAGUACACCUACGUUCUUACCCCCUUAGUCUACAUGCUCCCUCAAUUAGAUCACAUUUGCACAAUAGUUAGAACAAGUCGAGAAUGGAGCAAGAUUUUUCAUCAAAUUCUUCUCACCCAGUUCUCCAAAAUGUGCAGAGCUGUGAUUAACUAUGUGAAGAACUGAGAAGGAAUUCUCAAUUUUUUUUUCCUAUUUUCUUUCUAUUUUUUUUUUUUUUUUUUAAUUACAGAUUUCUUUAAUUUGGCCAGAUUGAAAAGGUUGAUUGAUUUUUCCCUCACUCAAGUCUUAGAGUGGAAAAAUUACUCCCUAGAAGUGAGCUUACUUUAAAGGCGCUGAAAUAUUGUAUAAGCUCGGAGAUAAUUAAAAAGGAUGUUACAAGAAUGACUGUCGUAGGAAUCAGAUAUGACAGUUGCUGUACUAAAUCAUAAAUUACUUUUUUUUUUGCAUCGUCGUGGAGGACAUAAUAGUCGUCACAUAAUAGGGAGACUUCUCAGAAACAUAGCUAUUGGUACAAAUGCAUGCACAUGCAGAGUUCCAAUCUACACCUGACUCUUUUCAAAGAGGUUGGGAAGAAGUGCUCGAGUCCCACGUUCUUGAGAGAACAGGGGCCUGUUUCUGGAGAGAGGAAGUCUCUUUAUGACCCCGAAAAAGCAGUUCUUUUAUUUCUGUCUUUCGUUCAAUUUGACAGUUUUGAAAAGCAAACGGGAAAUUUCUGGAUAGGAAACAAAAUGAAAUGUUUAAAUCUUUUUUAGCUAAAGCCUUGACUGUUUUCCUUACAUUUGAAUUGCAAGAUAUUACUUUGGGUCUGUAUAAUUACCUUUCCACGUGACGCCAACAUUCUGUGAUGGAGCACUUUAAUGAGAGCAUUUGGUGGUUUAGUCAACUGUAGAUACAUUGAGUUUGCAUGCUUCGGUAAAUAUGAGAUACAAAUGUAACUCCCUGUAAACGAGGAGACAUUAUAACUAUUGAAAUUUCUUAAA